CUCACAAUAAAGAACUUUAAAUCUAAGCUUUGACGAAUAAUAGACUAUAUGAAAUAAAAAAAAUUAUUCGAUAUCUAUAUUAAAGUAAUAAUACUUUGAAAACACAACAAACCCUUAGAGGACACACAACAAUAUUUGUGUGUGGUUUAUUUGUGUUUUGUUUAUAGUAGUUCUUUUCUAGUUGGGAAAGAAAAUACAAGAAACUUUUCCCAUAAACAGAACGCGCUGUUGUUGUCUGUGAAGAACACCCAUCUCUACUCACAGAGCUAUCGUUUGUCUGGAGAGGUCAUCAUGGGUAUUGUUGGCGACCCUCUGGAGAUCUCAGGUAGCGAGUUAGUUCAUAUUUUGCGGACUCCUUCUGAGCUCUUCACGUCUGCGGGAUGCAUCGUGUUGGACUGUCGGCCUUUCCUCGCCUUCUCCCGCGCGCACAUCCUCCAGUCCCGCAACGUCAACUGGAACUCAAUGCUGAGGCGCAGAUCCAAGAGCUCAGUGGUGUCUCUGGAGUGGCUGGUGGCCGACAAGUCGCUCCUUGCCCAGCUGCGGAACGGGGAGUUCUCCCCGGUGGUUGUCCUGGAUGAAAACAGUCGGUCCGUCAGAGAUCUGAAGAGUGAGAGUCUGGCCAGUCUCCUGAUCAGUGCUCUGCAGUUAGAGGUGCAGUCUGCCUCCACUCAGAUCUGCUUCUUACAAGGUGGAUUUGAUGGAUUCUUUACACUCUAUCCUGAACUCUGUUUUAACAAUCCUGUUAUGUGCUCAAAUCACCCUGCUCUCAGUGAUCCAGAGCCCGUUGUGUCUGGAAGAAGGACUCCUCUCUAUGAUCAGGGUGGUCCAGUGGAGAUCCUCCCCUUCCUUUUUCUUGGCAGUGCCCAUCACUCAUCCAGACGGGAGACUCUGGAGCGAUGUGGAAUCACAGCUGUUCUCAAUGUUUCCUCCUCUUGUCCAAACCUGUUUGAAAAGGAACUUCAGUACAAGACUCUAAAAGUGGAGGACAGUCUGGCCGCAGACAUACGCAUCCUAUUUCCAGAGGCAAUCCACUUCAUCGAUUCAAUUAAGGAGAGUGGUGGGCGAGUGCUGGUCCACUGUCAAGCAGGAAUCUCCCGGUCAGCCACCAUCUGCCUGGCAUACCUGAUACAUGCUCGCCGUGUCCGUCUAGACGAGGCCUUUGACUUUGUAAAACGCCGCCGGCAAGUCAUCUCACCAAAUCUGGCUUUCAUGGGCCAACUGCUGCAGUUCGAGACAGACAUUUUGUGUCCCUAUUCUGUGCUAGACAGAGAGAACAGUGGCACUGCGUUUUAGUAUCUGUGUACAGAUGGCUGAAAUCUUGAACUAUCCCCCAUUAACCUGUGACAAGGCAUUACAGACUUGAGACUACAGCUGUGCUGUGUAGCUUUGAUAUCAGAGACUGAGGAUCUAACAGAUCUGUAAAGGUGCUUUGGUUAGUCAACAGUUCCAAUCCUACAGAUAUACAAACGUUUUAAAUGCCAUUCUAUUGCACUGGGAUUAUGGUACAUGCUAAAUGUAUAUAAACAGGAGACUUUUACCAAAUGGUUACCAAAGAAGGGGCCAAAGGUAAUUCUCACUGUAUACCAUUUAAACUAACGCCAUGGUAUAAAUCAAGUUGUAGAUGGCAUCAACUGACUACCUGUACUUUAAUGUUUACAGCAAUAGACAAACUAUACGUAUAUAGCUGAAUGCCUAUCUGUGUUUCCAAACAAAAAUGGCACGACUGGCUCAAUGAGAACACUGCUACACUUAUAGAAAACAUAAUAGUUACUUGUCAUUGUGACAUUGUGUAAACCUUGUCUCAGUAUAAGUUGAUCUUAUGACACCAACUCAACAUUAUCGUAUGAGACAGAGAAACAACAUCUGUAUAUGCCAAACCUCCAUUGCCAGUUCAAAGAUUAGGGAUAAGAUACUAAAGUGUUGAGUUCUGGUCUUUUCCUCUGGUCUAGCUUUCAACAAUAGGUUGACAUGUUUUGCAAGGAUGUCUGCAGAUAAUCAUAUCCUAUACAUUUUAUUGCACCAGUCAGAGAUCCAUUUUAUUGCACUGAGUGAUGCUAUGACCAUAUUUGGGUGUGACGUGUGGUUAGUUUACUAUGUGGUAAAUGUCAAGUUUUUCCAUUAAGUUAUUGUCUGAUUUUUAGUCACAAAGACAGUUUUAAAGGGCAAAGACCUGACAAACUGUGAUCUUAGGUCAUUUAAAAAAAUGUGUUAUGAUAGAUAACAGGCACUAAAGCAAUUUUCUAAUAAAUGUAUUUUAUUUUUUUAUAAGGUAUUAUUUUAUUUUUUGGUGAAUAUUUAUUUAUCUGUUUUCAUUCAAGCAAUGCACUUUAAAUGUAGAUGUUUGGGAUAUUGAUGAGAUCUUUGGUAAGCUACUUUGUUCACUUAUUUCAAAAUGUAAAUAAAGCAAUGGAUUAAUUUAA